CUAUAAAAGCCAGAGUCUCCAAGCUAACCUGAUCACUUCAGUUCCAGUGUCCUGCCCGGCAAAGAAGUAAUUAGCCAAAAUGAUGCCAGGAGGUUUAACUGAAGCCAAACCUGCCACUCCAGAAAUCCAGGAGAUUGCUAAUGAGGUUAAACCACAGCUUGAAGAACAAACAAAUGAGACUUAUGAAGAAUUUAAAGCUAUAGAAUACAAAACUCAAGUGGUCGCUGGAAUAAAUUACUUCAUUAAGGUACAAGUCGGUCACAAUAGUUAUAUUCACAUGAAAAUAUUCAAACCUCUUCCUCAACGAAGCCAGUCUUUGACACUUACUGGUUACCAGACUGACAAAAGCAAGGAUGAUGAGCUGACGGGCUUUUAGCAGCAUGUUCCCAAAGUGGUCUGAUUCCUUCCACUGGCUACCAAUCAAUGAUCCCUGCUAAUAAAUGCAACGAUCAGUAAAGAUGCAUUCCUUUUUAAAUUUCUUCAAUAAUUUGUCUAUUAUAUUAAAUAGUAAUUACCUUUUCUUUCUCAAAAUCAAUGUCAUUGCUUUAGAGUAGAAAUUCCAUACAAAUUGGAAAUCUUGUAAAAAUAAGUCAGGAUAAUACCACCACCACCACCAUAGGUGGCUACACCAUGGGGCAUCAGUGCCCUGUGGUUGCUGAGAAUCCAACAUUUCACCUCCACCCUUGUAUUUUAAAUUGAAAUCAGGUAUUUUAUAAAAUGUGUUUAUGUUGUGAAACAACCUCAAACUUACAGAUAAGUUGCAAGGAAGCUUUUCUCCUGGAUAUUUGAGAGUCAGUUACCUAUAGUGAUGCCCCAUCACCAACAAAUACUUUCGUUUGCCUUUCCUACAAACAAGUAUAUUCCCCUGAAUAACUGAAAUACAGUCAUGAAAAUCAGGAAAUUAUCGUUGAUAUAUUUGCUAGCAUCUAAUUCCCAAACAACAUUCACAUUUCCCUAGUCAUCCCCAAAGUGUCCUUUACUAGUCCAAAACCAUACAUUUCAUUUAACUGCCAUUUUCCUCUUUUCUAACAACACCUUUAUUGUGAUAUAAUAGACAUGCCAUACAACUUGCCCAAUUAAAGUAUACCAUGCAAUUAUUUUUAGUAUAUUAAAAAAUAUAUGCAAUAAUCACCACAGCCAAUUCUAGAACACUUUCAUCAUCUCAAAAAGAAACUCCAUACCCUUUAGCUAUCAUCCCCCAUUCUCCUCCAUGCUCCACCCCUAAGUCACCACUGAUUUACUUACAUUCUGUCUCUAUAGGUUUGCCUGUUCUAGACAUUUCAUAUAUAUGGAAGUAUAUAUCCUUUUGUAACUGGCUUCUUUCACUUAGCAUAA